AUGGGGCUGCAUAUGCGCGUGCAGAGGGCAGCAGGGCGCACGGGGCGCACAGGGCAGCAGGGCAGUAGGGCAGCAGGGCGCGCGGGGCGCGCAGUGCUGCAGGGCGCGCGGGGCGCGCAGGGCAGCAGGGCAGCAGAACGCGCGGGGCGCGCUGGACAGCAGGGUGCGCGGGGCGCGCAGGGCUGCAGGGCGCGCGGGGCGCACAGGGCAGCAGGGCGCGCGGGGCGCACAGGGCUGCAGGGCAGCAGGGCGCAUGGGGCGCACAGGGCUGCAGGGCGCGCGGGGCGCGGCGCGCGGGGCGUGCAGGGCAGCAGGAAGGGGGUGCAAGGGGCACUCACGAGGGAGUGCAAGGGGCACUCACGAGGGGGUGCAAGGGGCACUCACGAGGGGGUGCGAGGGGCACCCACGAGGGGGUGCGAGGGGCACUCACGAGGGGGUGCAAGGGGCACUCACGAGGGGGUGCGAGGGGCACCCACGAGGGGGUGCGAGGGGCACUCACGAGGGGGUGCAAGGGGCACUCACGAGGGGGUGCGAGGGGCACCCACGAGGGGGUGCAAGAGGCACUCACGAGGGGGUGCAAGGGGCACUCACGAGGGGGUGCGAGGGGCACCCACGAGGGGGUGCGAGGGGCACUCACGAGGGGGUGCAAGAGGCACUCACGAGGGGGUGCGAGGGGCACCCACGAGGGGGUGCAAGGGGCACUCACGAGGGGGUGCAAGGGGCACUCACGAGGGGGUGCGAGGGGCACCUACGAGGGGGUGCGAGGGGCAUUCACGAGGGGGUGCAAGAGGCACUCAUGAGGGGGUGCAAAGGGCACUCAUGAGGGGGGGCACCCACGAGGGGGUGCGAGGGGCACUCACGAGGGGGUGCAAGAGGCACUCACGAGGGGGUGCAAAGGGCACUCACGAGGGGGUGCGAGGAGCACCCACGAGGGGGUGCGAGGGGCACCCACGAGGGGGUCCAAGGGGCACUCACGAGGGGGUGCGAGGGGCACUCACGAGGGGGUGCAAGAGGCACUCACGAGGGGGUGCAAAGGGCACUCACGAGGGGGUGCGAGGGGCACCCACGAGGGGGGUGCAAGGGGCACUCACGAGGGGGUGCGAGGGGCACCUACGAGGGGGUGCGAGGGGCACUCACGAGGGGGUGCAAGAGGCACUCACGAGGGGGUGCAAGGGGCACUCAGAUACCCUCCUCCCACUGCGGCACCCGCAGAAGGGGGAUGGAGGAGAAGGGGGGGGGGGGGGUGGCUGGGACGGUGUAGAAGUUGCUCGGGCAACAGCAGGGCGCGUGACGGGCAGGAACCCGUCAUUCGCCACCCCCGCCACCCCCAUACCCUCCCCUCAGGGGGAUGGAGGAGAAGGGGGGGGGGGGGGCGGGGGGGCUGGUGCUGCAGAUCCCCUCGUGCAGCAGGGGGAUGGAGGAGAAGGGGGGGCGGGGGGGGAUGGUGCUGCAGAUCCCCUCCCCCCCCUUGCUGCACCCGCAGUAGGGGGAUGGAGGAGAAAGGGGGGGCUCGGGGGGGCGGUGUAG